AUGACCAGACAUAUCGAAGCUGAGUUUCUAAAGGGUCGAUGGGAGGUCAAGUGUCCAGUAGAUCAAAAUAUAUGGACGCUGGACGACAUAACGCGAUGCGUUCAAGGACAGUUGCCGAUUCAACUGAAAAUCCAGAGACUGCUGGCUAAAAGGGUAAGCAUGCCAAUCAACUUUAACUUAAAUCGCCAU